AUCGCGUAGCUGAUCUGAACGCAGUCAUUCCACAGCCACAUAUAAUUCAACUUUCCUCCUGACCACACCGAUCUCCUCCUACUUCUCUAAUCCACACAAUCAUGUCGUCCGGCGUUGGUGUCAACCCUGAGUGCAUCGAGGUCUUCCAAGCCCUCAAGCUCAACAAAAAACACAAAUACAUCAUUUACAAGCUCAACGCCACCAACACCGAAAUUGUGGUCGACAAGACGUCCGAUGCUCAGGAUUACGACACCUUCACUGCCGAUCUCCCGGAAACUAGCCCACGAUGGGCCGUGUACGACUUCGCUUUUGAGAAGGAAGGAGCGGGGAAGAGGCAUAAGAUCACUUUUUACUCUUGGUCACCCGAUGACGCAAAGAUCAAAGAGAAGAUGUUGUACGCGUCCUCUCGUGAUGCCUUGAGACGCGCGCUUGUGGGUAUCGCUGUAGAGAUCCAAGGAAGUGAUUUUAGCGAAGUCGCCUACGAGACUGUACUCGAGAAGGCAUCCAAGGGAAAUUGAGCUUUUUCUUGUACCUGUAACGGAUACGCACUUAAUCUACUUUUCAUCCUCGUCAUAACGCUACACAGCGCUUUCUGCGCUCAUAACACCCAUACAUAUUUACGAAGAGGAGAAUUCAAAUUGU